AUGACCGACUUGACGGAUUUGGUGGAUGAUUUGAUUAUUGAAGAAGUUGAGGAAGAAACAAACAAAGAGGAGAUCGAUAGUAUUGUAGUUGGUGAGUGUAUUCGAAACGUUUUUGAAAAUAAAAAUGUGAUUUCAGAAGAUAUAAAGCGACGGCUUUUUGAUGUUUUCAAAAUGUUUGAUGAAGAUUGCGAUGGACUUAUUGAAACUGAAGAUGUUGGUCAUGUUCUCCGAAGCUUUGGUCUGAAUCCAAGUCAAACUGAACUGCAACUUGUAAUCGAUCAAACUGCCAAAAAGAGUGGCCGAGUUUCAUUUGAUGAUUUACUUCCUCGAGUGGUUUCAGCAAUUCAAAAUGAUGAAUGGAUUGAUGAAACGCCACAACAAAUCCAUGCUGCAUUCCAAGUCAUCACAAAUAACAAUUAUGUUCAAAAAGAUACAUUGAUUCAACUUCUUACAUCAAUUGGAGAACCUCUGAGCGCUCAAGAAAUCAAACAAUUUUUGAAUCAUGUCAGUAUUCGAACAAAUGGAGAUAUUGAUUGGGUUGCUUAUGUUAAAGAUACUUGUGAAAUGAUUGCUUCGAGAGAUUAA